UUGCCUGCUCAUUUUUUUUCUUCAUGAAGUUUUUAUCUUUUUCGUUACAGGCUUCAGAAAGUUUGGAUUUUGAUGGUAAUGUAGGUGUUGUGUUGACGGCUCCCCUUUUAUUCAGCUUUCGUUCCAAUGGAUUCCUCUUUCGAGGGAGUUACUCUUGAUCCAUCAAAAUGUAGUGAAUUGAGUAUGGAUGAAAAGAGAGAGCUAGUCUAUGAAUUAUCAAAGAGGACAAGCAGGGCCCCUGAAAUGCUACAAUCAUGGAGCCGUCAGGAGAUUUUGCAGAUCUUAUGCGCUGAGAUGGGGAAGGAAAGGAAAUACACUGGCUUGACAAAGCUGAAAAUUAUAGAAAACCUUUUGAAAAUUGUAGCUGAAAAGAAUUCGGGAGAUCAGGAGGGUGUGACGGAGCCUGAAUUGCAAUCUUCCCCAACAAAUGGCCAGAAAACAUCCAAAAGGCAAAGGAAGGCUGAUCAUCCGUGUCGACUGCCUGUUCCGGUGAAUGAUCUUCCGAUCAAUAAUGGUGGAAAUGACACGACCAAUGCUGUUUAUUGUAAAAACUCAGCUUGCAGGGCUAGCUUGAGACAAGAAGAUAUUUGCAAGAGGUGUUCCUGCUGCAUCUGUUAUAAGUUUGAUGACAACAAGGAUCCUAGCCUGUGGUUAAUUUGCAGCUCAGAGCCUCCUUUCCAGAACAAUUCCUGUGGCAUGUCAUGUCAUCUUGAGUGUGCUUUAAAACAUGAGAAUUCUGGUUUUCUGAAAGAUAAACGGCAUGCAGGACUUGAUGGUAGCUUUUAUGUGUAG